AUGGCAAUUGCAACAGUUACUGAUCAUACGAAGUUAUCGCCUCCAUGGAUGCUGACUCAACCACUCUGGCCUCCCAUCCCACGAACACUCGCAGAUCCUUCGCGAACACGGUCGGGCUUCUCUCUUGUCAGUAACCCGGCGAAAAACCCUUCAGGUCAUUCUCUUCCUUUGUCCCGUCGGAUAUAUGACUCUGCACACCGGGGGGCCGCCCGGACCACGCUGCUCCGGCUCAGCGGAGCCCUAUUAUUCAUUAGCCGACUGACAGCUCACGAUCUGGCUCUGGAAUCGGCUUGUCCCAAUCUGGCCAAUCCGCUUAUUAGAAAUUCCCGGCGCUCUACUCCCUACCCAUCUCCACAAAUUUUCGUUGGGGGUUCGAAAGCCGGUGUCCCGAAACAGCAUAGCGUGCUCACUCACGACUAG